CUCUCCUGUAGUCUCUCUUUCUCCCUUCUCUCCGCUUUGUGGUAUUCAGUUGCUUGCUCUCCCUUUUUUGGAAAGAAAACCAUCACUCUCUCAGCAUCAAUCUACCAAAUUCACUCCUCUCAGAACUUUAGUACCCAUCACCACAUCAAAACAUACAAAAGAAGCUUCCCCCAACAAGGGAAGAGAGAGAGAGUGAAAUCUCCGUCUCUUCUACCCAUUUCGGCUCAUCAUCCUCUCUCCAACAUCAACUCUCUCUCUCUCUCUCUCUCUCUCUCUCUCUCCAAAGCUUGCCAACAAAGGGAAUUAAAAAAAGCAGUGAAAAUCUGCCCAAAAAUCAGAGCUUUUUGAGAGUUAGUUCUUCAUCAACAGCUCAAAACAACGGGACAACAACAAGAAGAAGAGAAAUACCACUGUACGCCAGGUCAAGAAGAACAAAGAAGAGGACACCCAAGAAGCCGAAAGAAAAAGAAUUGUCUGAUCUCUUCAUUUGAAAUACAUUACAUCUGAAGAAGAGGAAAAAACCCUAGAAGUAGAAUAAGAAGAAGAGGAGGAAAAGAGAAGAAAAGCCGAAGAGAGAAUCAACAUCAUAACCAUAUCACACUACCAACACCAGCAUCAGCGCCAAAAGGAGAUGUCUUCCGUCCAGAUGGAUGCUUCACUUCCACACCCAGAAAGCUCCAGCUCCGACGCCACCAACGCCAGCUCCGUCAUAAUUGCCACUUCCUCCAUCGUUACCACCUCCUCGUCCUCCUCACCCACUCCCAGCCGAUACGAAUCCCAGAAGCGCCGCGACUGGAACACCUUCGGCCAAUACCUUCGAAACCACCGCCCCCCGCUCUCCCUCUCCCGCUGCAGUGGGGCUCACGUCCUCGAAUUCCUCCGUUACCUCGACCAGUUCGGCAAGACCAAGGUCCAUACCCAAAUCUGCCCCUUCUUCGGCCACCCUAACCCUCCCGCUCCUUGCCCCUGCCCACUCCGCCAAGCCUGGGGCAGCCUCGAUGCCCUCAUUGGCCGCUUGAGGGCCGCCUUCGAGGAGAAUGGGGGCAAGCCAGAGGCAAACCCAUUUGGGGCCCGAGCAGUGAGGCUAUAUCUGCGAGAGGUCCGAGAAUUGCAGUCUAAGGCGCGGGGGAUCAGUUAUGAGAAGAAGAAGCGGAAGCGCCCUCCCCCGCAAGCGCUGCCCACGGUGCAAGUUAACAAUGACCCACCACCAUUAUGAUACCAUUACUAGAUUAUGAUCAAUUAGAGAGCUUGAUGAAAGAGUAUUUCACAACUUCUCAAUGUCUUAAGCUCUUGAGUUGCCUUAGCUCUACAAUAGUUACUUUCUUUUGAUGGGUAAGUUAUAUAUGGGUUGCUACUUCUCUAAUUCCCAUAUACUUAAGGAUGUUUUUCCAUGAAUUGUGUUUUUCUUUUAAUGGAACUUAUGUUUAGAGUA